GGCUCACAGCGAGCAGAGACUGCCACCUGACCCUUGGGGCUUCAGAUUCCUCGCAGCCAUGGCAGAGGACGAUGGCUUGGAUGGCUUGGAUGGCCUGGAUGGUGAGGACCUGUACUACCUGCCUGAGGAUAGCUUGAAGGGCAUCAAGGAGAAGCUCAAGGCCGAAAAGCCUUCAGAGGAGGAUCUCAAGCCGCUGCUCGAAAAGAUUUUGGACCCCAGCAAGCUGGACGACCAGGAAAUGCUCCUCCCAGUUGACAUGAGGGGGAUCGAGAAGGAUUUUGACGGCAUCGAUGAGCUGGUGGAGGAGCUGGGCACUGUAGAAGCCGCGAAGGCCCUCCUCAAAGCGAGGGAGUACUUCGAGGCGAACAAGGACGGGAAGGCGGAGGGCGAGAGGCCUCUGCCGAUGACAGCAACAGAGUGGAGAAAGAUUCUACAGGAGGACAUGGAGGAAGACCUGCUAGAGGAGGACGAAGAGGGCCUGUUGGAGGCCGGAGAAGAAGAGUCCGAUGAAGAGGAUCCAGAGGAGGCAGAGGCAGAGGAGCCGGCUGCCAAGAAGGCCAAGACCGGCUGAGCCGCGCGGCAUGCAGGCCAGCGCACGUCUCACCCUAUGAGCAGAGAACCCAUGGACGGUGCGCGUAAGACGCGGCAGCGGUACAGUGAUCCUCUCAGGAUGAGUGGAACCGUAUCUCAUGAGUGGA